AUGGACAGAGGAAUGUCAGGCUUUUGUGUCAGACCACGCGUCGGCGGUGGAGGCGGUGGUGGCAAUAGCGGUGGUGGAACAAAGUGUGGGAGGUGGAAUCCGACCGCGGAACAGGUUAAAGUUCUGACUGACCUGUUCAGGUCCGGACUCCGAACUCCGAGCACUGAUCAGAUCCAAAAGAUAUCAUCGCAGCUGAGCUUUUACGGCAAGAUCGAGAGCAAGAACGUCUUCUACUGGUUUCAGAACCACAAGGCUAGAGAGAGACAGAAGCGUCGCAGAGUUUCUGUAUCCGAACCAAAUGAUCUCUCCGCAAAGCAUCUUACAGAGAUUAAUCAAGUUUCGGACACGGAAAGAGUGACAGAGACUUUGCAACUCUUUCCAUUGAACUCGUUCCAUGAAUCGGAAGCGGAGAAGAUUAGAUUCUUUGGAUAUGAAUGCAAGGAGAAUACGACGUCGUUUUCUUACUCUAUUGGGACUGAAAUGGAUCAUCCGCCAUUGGAUCUGCGUUUAAGCUUUCUGUAAAAAAAAAAUUCAAACAUGUUUGAAUUACUGUCAUGAAUCGAUCCACUUUAGGUUUAGCAUAAAAAAAAAGAGAGAGAAAUUAACUCCCAAAAAGGAAAAAAAAAAAAAAAAAAAAUGAAAAAGAAAAAGAGAAAGAAGGUUUAUGUCCUGAGUUGUAAAAUGCACGUAGCUCUAGAUAUUGUAGCAGUGGGGUUGAAACUUUAAAAAUGGUUCGACAUUGAUUAUCCUAUGCGUGCACAUAAAACAUUGUUUUUCUUUAUGUGUGUAAAUGUGUGUGAA